AUGACCUCUAUAAACCAUCCUAAUAACUUGUGCCUUGUCACCCUUCACUUCCCUUCCUUCACCUCUUGCCACUGCCCUGACCAUGUGCCGCCUAGGGAGCUUGACAAGAAAUUUGACAAAAUUUUAAACCUAAAAAUUACCUCAACUAAUAACCCUAUCAACAUCCUUACUAACCUCUGCACCGGCCUCGAAACCUUCCUCGGCUUCAACUCUGAGUCCAAAGGCUACGACGGCACUGGGAUUGUGUACUCUGACCUGGACAGGCUGUGCGAUGCGGUGAUGGGAUUUUUGAGUGGUGUGCUUGGUGCGGUGAAAAACGAAAAUGAAGUGACAACUUAUGAUAAUUACAUGACUAAAAAGCUUAAUGAAGUACUAGACACCUUAACUAAAAAUAUUGGCUCCGGGCGUGCUGGGCUUGCGGCGUCUGUCCGCGCGGUGAAGGAGUGGUUGGAGGGGUAUGGAAAGAGUGUUAAUCAAAAAUGCGAAGAUGUAAAAACGCCGUUGAUACUUAUAAGAAAUGACAUUAAUAAUGUCGAACAAAAGUUUCAAGAGCAAAAAAAUAAAACACUCAGAGACCAGCAUAAGGCAUGGAAACAUAUAUUAGAGUUGUAUCUCGGACACGCUGAUGUGGCUGAAAAGGCGCAAGAUAAAUUAGAUUCACAACUAAUAAGAAAGUUAGAGACGCCGGUAACGGCAAUAAAAGAUGCGGUUAAAUUGUUGGAAGAGUCGGCGAGAAACAAGAAAUUGGCGGAGGAGCUGAAGGCUGUCGAUGAGGAGUUACUCCGUCAACGGAGAAGCAUUGAAAAUAGGAUGGCUCAGGAAUUUAGAAAUCUACGAGAAAAUUUGACUGCUUUAACCGAAAUGAAGGAUGAAAAGUUUGCCCGUCUCAAAAACGUUGUGAAAGAAGCCAAGGUAGAAGCUAAUAAAUUGAUUUCAGAAUACAAAGGAACGUACAACAAUGAGAUUGACAGACUUUUUAAAGAGGUCACAAUUGCACUGAACGAUAUCACAAAAAAGUCUGGCCCGGAAAGAAAAUGCAAGCUCAACGAACUAUUUGGCCAAAUAAAAAAGAAAGUGAGCAAUAUUGGUAUUGAAAUUGGCAGCAGCAAUGUGGAGUUAGCAGAGUGGAAGGUGGCCGCUGGAAAUGUUUUGGAAAACGCUAUGAGAACAUGUGAAGAUGUUGUUGAGAAGCUAAAUAUAACGUCGAAUAACGAUUUGAAAACACCGUUGCAUCGUGUCAAGUUGAAAGCGACGGAGCUAAACGAUGCCUAUCAGGGUGCAAAUAAUAAGCUUCAGCAAGUUGCUCAGAAAGCUGAGGCUGCGUUUAAGCAACUUGGAACGCUUCAUACCGACGUUAAGGAGAAGGUGCCGAAAGGACUUGAUGAUUUUAAUAAUGGCGCCGUUGAAUGGAAUGUUAAUGGUCAAAUCGUUGCACUUACAAGCUCGAUUACAAGUAAUGUUGAGGGGUAUAUGAAGGAGUUGUCGGCAACAUUUACUGACGCAGCAGCAAGUGCCAGCUGGUCGGGUAAUUUGAGACCAGGUGUUACAAAAUUGGUUGGAGCUUUGCAAAAUGGUAAUCUGGGAACGGAGUUGAAGAUAUUAGGAGGCGUGCUGCAACAGGCCAAUUCGAAAGCUCAUAAUAAUAUAAAUGAUGCAUUAUAUAAUUUGGAAAUCACUCUUAGUCAUUUCAAGCAGGCUAUGGUGCAUUGGGGGGAACUUCCAUCUGAGUUUUCGUCUCAUGAUAUCCUGAAAGAUCCCAAAGGCGCUUUUAGUACCCAAGCUAUUGCCGACAAUUUUAAAACAAAUCUAGGCCCCCUUUGCCCCAGGCGGCCCAAAAGCGUAGACGAAUUUGACAGGCCAAUCCGGCCGCGCGGGAAAUAA